AUGGAACAUUCCCUUUUAACAGCAGUAUUUCAACAGCUUUCCCUCAAUCAACGACCAGACUAUAUGAUACCACUCCUUAUUCCUGCUUCUACAGAAUAUGACAUCGAUAUGCUCCACGAGUGCCAAGAAUACAAUUCUUCUCAUGAUUCUCCCGCCAACAAAGAAGCAGUUUCAACUGAAGGGGAGGACGAUGACCUAGAUUAUGAGGAUGCCACGAACGAAUUAUAUGUCACCCCAUCAAAUUUUGAGACGACCGUCAACGAUCCUUAUAUUUCAGCCUUCAUAGAAGAACUUUUACAAGAUGAAAUUGAUGGUUUCGUCGCCAGUUUCCAGAAAAUUUGUUAUUUUAAUGGCGCGGAUGCGUAUGCGGUACCGCAUCGCGGAAACCAUAUUCAACCAGCCUCAGUAAACAUAGCUCACAUUGUGGAAUGGUGGCUAACAGAGAAAUUGUCGCAUACUGGCGAAACAAUUCCCAUUUUGGAGGAGUCUCCCCAGACUUCCGCUGAAAGCAUAAUGUUCAAGUUAAGAGAGGUUGCUUCCGUGUUAAACGGCAUGGCCAAAGUUCUUAUAAAUAUUCGAGCUGGUCAUGUUUAUUCAUUACACAUGAUUGGGGACGAGAUUGUAAUGGCACCAAACUAUGAACGAUUCUUUCAACAGUUCCCGUUAUUCGUAAACGUAUCAAUCAAAGUACAAGAGCAUUUGCCAUCAGCACGGCACAACCCAUGCCAAGUCCUUGUUGCUGUCGAACAUGUGACCAUGAAAGAUCAAACGGCUAUUGAAAAUCGGGUACCAUGCAAAUUUUCGCAACAUUAUCAUCAAUCAUUCGAGGAAUCGUUCACGACCACACGAACAAAUUCUUCACCUGACGGACAGACAUUUUGUUUGUUGGAGGAAGUGGCAACAAACCUAAAUGAGAUGUGGUAG